AUCUCAAUACCAAUAGCAUAAAGACAAAGAUGGCACACUUGUUCUUGUUUACACUGCUUGCAUUGUCCUCCUCUCUCCCCUCAAUCUUUGCUGCUCAUACCGCCGGCCUUCAUCUCCGGUUGACCCAUGUCGACUCCGGCCAACCCUUUAGCUCGACUGGCCGCAUUCAUCGCCUCGUGCAACGGAGUCUCCAUCGUCGAAAAGUUCUCGAAUCUAGGCUAGCAAAUAACCCCUCUGCAUCCUUCAAUGUUCCUGUCAAAGCUUCCAUGUUCGACUACUUCAUAGAAUACUCCAUAGGGACUCCAAAGCUCCCCGUGACCGGCGUCCUCGACACCGGAAGUGAAGUCGUCUGGGCCAAGUGUCGCCCCUGCAGUGAGCAAUGCGAUGAGAAAGGCAUAGGCAUUUAUGACCCGUCGAAAUCCUCCACCUUCUCCAAGCUCCCCUGCUCCAGUCCUUUGUAUGAUUACCAGCCACUCAAGUCCGUCAGCGUGCCAAAAUGUGAAUAUGUUUAUGUUUAUGGGUCGGCGAUGAUCAACGGAUUCUUGGCGACAGAGACGUUUUCGCUCGGCGCUGAGUCACCGACGGUCAACUUGACUUUCGGCUGCAACAGACUUGUCAAGGGCACUUUCUCAGGCGCCUCCGGCGUCGUCGGCCUCGGCCAAGGAAAACUCUCGUUGGUUUCUCAGCUUAAUUUGGGAAGGUUUUCUUAUUGUCUCACUCCGUUCAAAAGCUCGAGCAAAAGCCACCUUCUCCUCGGCGAUUUUGCGAGCGCGAAGAAGGCGAGUUCCGGCGAAGUGCAAUCGACGCCUUUUCUGAAUGCCACCGACCAGUACUACGUCGCCAUGAGAGGUAUUUCCAUCGGUGGGAACCUCCUGCCCAUUCCGGCGUCCGUCUUUGAGUACAGCAAAGAAGAAUCUACCGGAGUGCUCGUUGACUCCGGCACCGGACAGACGCAGCUGCCGCAGUCAGCGUUCGACGUGAUCAAGAAGGAGCUGCAGUCUUUGGUGGGACUUCGGGUGAAAGAUAUGUCGAAGACUGUUGGCCUUGACCUCUGCUUUGGUUUGUUGUCAUGGCCGCCACCGCCGUUGCCGGACAUGGUGUUCCACUUCGACAACGGCGCCGACCUGAGAAUGCCGCAGAUGAACUACAUGUUCGCCGAUAAAAGAACGAGAGCCUAUUGCUUGGUUAUGCGACCCGGGCAAAACGGAGACAAAUUGACCAUCAUCGGCAACUACCAACAACAAAAUAUGCACAUAAUCUACGAUGUAGCUUCAAGAAUGCUCCUGUUUGAGUCCAUCCCUUGUGAAAGCUUUUAAAUGUAUAUUCUCUUCUGCAAUUGAUUGUUGUUGAUUAUAAUGAUUCUUUGGAGAAA